GCUGCGGCUGCGCAGUCUCAACGCGCAGCGUCAGUCGUGCGCACGCGCUUUACAGUGCUUAACUGAAUGUAAACAAACGAAAACUGCGUUCGAAAUUCAAAAAACGUUCCAGAAACAAAAAACUAACGGAUAAUCAAAUCCUGAAUUGGAAUAUCUGAGGUACCCGAGUGACUGAAGACUGAAAAUGUUACCAAGAUGGCGGCGGAUCAUAUCAAAAAUGUUCUUAAUUCCCCAGCGGUAUGUCCUGGGCAUCAUGGGGCUACUGGCUGUCUGCAACGCCUACACCAUGCGGGUGUGCCUCAACUUGGCCGUGACCCAGAUGGUCAACAAUACGAAGUCAGAAGAAGCACACUUCGACCCAAACGCUUGUCCAGACGAUAGCGAGCUCAUCACCAAUGGAACUGUCAGUUUGAAACCUUACGCGAUAUUCGAUUGGUCGGAGUCGACGCAAGGGCUCAUCUUAAGUGGGUUCUAUUACGGGUACGCCAUCACACAUGUCCCUGGGGGGUACUUAGCCGAGAGAUAUGGCGGUAAAUGGACGUUAGGCAUCGGACUCCUGAGUACGGCGAUAUUUACCCUGCUGACGCCUAUUGUGGUGAAAGCCGGGGGCGCUACGUGGCUAUUCAUACUGAGAGUUCUGCAGGGUAUGGGCGAGGGUCCAACCAUGCCAGCCCUGAUGAUAGUCCUGGCGCGCUGGGUGCCUCCCCACGAAAGGUCUCGUCAAGGAGCCCUGGUCUUCGGAGGAGCCCAGAUAGGCAACAUCUUCGGCUCCUUCAUGUCUGGGUUCCUGAUGGCCGGUGAUGGGGACUGGGCGAACGUGUUCUACUUCUUCGGCUGUUUCGGCAUCUUGUGGUUCAUUUUCUGGAGCAUCUUAUGCUACAGCACACCGAACACUCACCCAUACAUUUCCGAUGAAGAACUCAAGUAUCUGAAUGAAACCGUGACCAGCGCUGAGAACAAAAACAUCAGAGAUCCAGUGCCGUGGAAGGCCAUCGUGAGGUCCGUUCCAGUUUGGGCCCUAUUGUUUGCUGCUGUGGGCCACGACUGGGGCUACUACACGAUGGUGACCGAUCUCCCCAAGUACAUGACAGAUGUCCUGAAGUUCAACAUCGCUGCUACUGGUACCUUGACUGCAAUGCCCUACCUGGCCAUGUGGGUUAGCUCGUUCAUCUUCGGAUGGGUGUGCGACGUCUUCGUCAAGAGAGGCUGGCAUAGCAUCAAGACUGGGAGGAUCAUACACACCACUAUAGCUGCGACGGGCCCCGCGAUUUGUAUCAUAUUGGCAUCUUACGCGGGCUGCGACCGGUUCGCGGCUGUUGCCUACUUCAUAGCCUCUAUGGCGCUCAUGGGAGGCUUCUAUAGUGGAAUGAAGGUCAAUGCUUUAGAUCUAGCUCCAAAUUAUGCUGGAUCCCUGACGGCCAUGAUCAACGGAACUUCCACGAUAUCUGGAAUCAUCACUCCAUACCUCAUAGGAUUGUUAACGCCUGAUUCAACUCUAGUUCAAUGGAGGGUGGCAUUUUGGGUCUGCUUCGCCGUGCUCGUAGGCACAAACGUAGUUUACAUCUUCUGGGCGGACGGCAAGCAGCAAUGGUGGGACGACGUCCGACAGUACGGGUACCCUGCUGGCUGGAAACACGGCCCGCUAAAAACCGUGGACCUUGACAAAGAAAAAAACAAAAAAGAAAAACAAAUGAUCGAAGGUUCAAAACUGUGAGGACUUUUUGGUUGUGAAUAGACGUUCGAUAUUUGAAUUAAGAUAGAAAUUUAAAUAAUGCAAUUGUUUGUGAUUCGACUAGAACAAGUUGGAACUAUAAAGCAUUAAAAAAACAAUUGACUGUGUACUUAUCAGUUUUUUAUUAUUAUUAUUCUGUCUAAUGGCUUCAAUGGUGCGUGCUAUUUGAAGCACACUGGUUUUGCCAAUGUCGAGUGUGUGUUUUUAAUAGCCCUUCGAUGCAUUGUUAAGUAUGUACUUUGGGUAAUGACCCACAUUUGACAGCAAAUAGACAUACGAAAACAAUAUUUUUUUUACAAACUAAAUAAUAUUGUGUGUGUCUAUUCAGUCAGCGACAAAUAGUUCGUAACACCCAAAGUAGCCAAAAAAGUUCGCAACACGUCUUUGUUACAAUUGGAAUGGUUGUGUUGUCAAAUUUUUGGCCACUUUGUGUGUCACGAGCUAUUUGACGCUGACUGUACUACCUAUUUACAUGCAUGUAAGCACUAAGUAGAGUGCAUGCAAACCCAACGACCUAAAUGUCCUUAAAUUUAAAUUACACGUAGCUAUUUUGUUACCAAAAUUGUACACUGUUUAAACUUUACUCAGAUAAUUGCUUUUGUAUGUAAUUUAUUACUUGUAUAUUUAAUUUAGAGAAUUUAAUCGAAUUAAGCAUUACAUUUUGUAAAGUGGCAUUUCAAUAAGAUGUCAUAAUAAUGUGAAAUGUUUAUAAUGUGCCUAUAGGUUUACGUUUUAGGGUCAAAUUCACCAACAUUAAAAAAGACACGAUGACAUAAGUGAUUAUAUCGCUCUGUAACUAAAGCUGUAUAAAACAGUUAUAGACUCUAUCAAAUUGAUUUAUUUUCUAAACUUAGUAAACAGUUAAUCCAAGCUCAAUCUAAGGGGAAAGUGUCUAUCUAUUGGUGAAAUUUGGCCAAAUAAAUAAAUAUAUUUUAAGUGCCAUUUGUUUGUAAAAAAGAGAAUUUAAUAGGUAGUAAGGAAUUUGUGAGAAGAGUACCUACUUAGGUAUAAGAUAUAAAAUUAAUGGUAUCAAUUUAUCAGUUAUGUACAAGAUUUUAACAAACGAGGCAUUUGUAAUAUAAUAUCUGUAAUUUCCCAGUACAAUAAAUUAAUUUUGAUAUUAUAAGAUUUUUUAGUUUAAUAAAUAGUCGUCUAAAUGGUAAUUUCCCAAUUAAUAUUGGCAGCUUAAAGAUAGCAUCCGUAUAUUCUUAUAGUGUAUCAAUAUAAUAUAUUUAUUUCAAUUUAUAAAUAUCAUAAUGAUUUAAAUCAUUGUGAUUAUUUAUUAGAAUGUACAUAAUUUAAAAUCUUUUGACGCAUGUGGACUAACUGUAAUAAUAAAAGUAUUAAAAUUAUUUUGUACAAUUACAUUCCUUGAAAUGUAAUGUGAUAAUAGUACUUACGUAGUUUAUGAGAGAAUACCUAGUUCCGUGAUAUAGAAUAGGCCUAAGUUAUUUUAAUAAAAUGUAUUAUUUUUCAACAUA